UUUUCCCAGUUGCAGGGCGGAGCUCGGUGGUGUGCGGCGGCAGUGAUGUCUGGUCGGGGCAAACAAGGAGGCAAGGCCCGCGCCAAGGCCAAGUCGCGGUCUUCCCGCGCCGGCCUGCAGUUCCCGGUGGGGCGCGUGCACCGCCUGCUGCGCAAGGGCAACUACGCGGAGCGGGUGGGGGCCGGCGCGCCGGUGUACAUGGCGGCGGUGCUGGAGUACCUGACGGCCGAGAUCCUGGAGCUGGCGGGCAACGCGGCCCGCGACAACAAGAAGACGCGCAUCAUCCCGCGCCACCUGCAGCUGGCCAUCCGCAACGACGAGGAGCUCAACAAGCUGCUGGGCAAGGUGACCAUCGCCCAGGGCGGCGUGCUGCCCAACAUCCAGGCGGUGCUGCUGCCCAAGAAGACGGAGAGCCACCACAAGGCGAAGGGCAAGUGAGGCGGGUCCCGUCAGCGCGCCCCUCGCCAGGCUCCUUCGUGGCCGCGAAAUCAAAGGCUCUUUUCAGAGCCACCCACUGUUUCAAAUGAAGAGUUGUCACGCGAA